UAUAAACCAUUCACGAGAAAAUAUAUUGUAUAACCAAGAAACAUUGCCCAAAUACUAUGGCAUAUUACUUAUGGCGUGUAAGCAAAUACCAGAAGUACACGAAGCAUGGAUGGAGGCUCCUAAUUUCCUAUGGGCCCUGGGUAGCAUGAUAUUUGGCGACUUUUAUCAGGAACAUAAAACGGAUGAAUUGCUUGAAUUACUUAAAAUAAGUGCAGACACAUCGCCAGAGUUUAGAAUGAAAUGCUGGAAGAGCGUGUUGAAUAAUCUUAAUCAUCCCAAUUGUGCACCCCCCAAUAGAAAAAUAGCAGCAGUAUUGAA